AUGUCACCUGGCAACCAGGGCAAAUGGAUUGAGUCCUCAGAGAAGAACAUGAUGCAGGCUCGAAACCUCAUCCGUGACAUGCUAACCAUUGUGCGCAACAACGAAGUCGCGGAGGCAUCCAACAAGGAAGCUGCUCAGGAAGCAGACAAGCGAGAGAAGGAAGCCAAAAAAACGGCAGUUUUCAACAAGGCAGCUGCUCAUGAGAAGGUCAUCGCCACCUCCUUCAAAUGCAUGCAGGACAUUGAAGAUGCAAUCCUGCAAACAGAGGCUGCACAGAUUUUCCAGCGAAGCGUAGCUGCUUGCAGGGUCGCCUCGACCGCCGCCCGUAGUCGCGGUCACUGUCGCGGUUCGCGCUUUGACGCGCCACCCGCGGCAGCGGUCUGCGCUUCGCGAGAAGCUGAAGGGGUGACAUUGCUGGAUGCAAUUGAUGCGGGUCGGAUCCCGCGCCCCGCUGAAAUGACUUUCCCGAGAUGGCAAGCCUGGCGACGCGGCGAAGGCAUGAGACCUACGCGUCGACGGGAUGGACGAGGCCUAACCACUGCUGAAGAGGUAGAGCUGUGGAGAGAAGUCAUGCGGCAUCUCUAUGGAGACGAUCGAGCAGAUGCGCUCGGAGAAGAAGAUGAGGAAGGAGAAAUGGAAGGAAGUCCUGAAGGGGUUCUGGCGAUUCCUCACGCGGUUUCACCCAGUCCGUCCGAACCGCCUGAGGGCAGUCCAACUCCUUCUGUUGCAGGUUCUGCGGCUGCAAGCGUGACUGGCUUGAGAGCCCAGAUCAGCGCCCUAUAUGAUCAUGAAAAGGAAGACCUGGGUGACUAUCUCUUACGAAUGGGACGAGUCGUCACUGCACUUCAGGUUUUGGACGCAGGGUGUGCUCCAAACACGCUUGACUUGAUCACCCGCAAGGCUGAGAUCUUGAUCGAGCUGUACGGCGAAAUCGGCACUAUGGAUCGAAGACGGGCCGUAGCAGUUCUGAGGGACAAGUUCACAGUGUAUGCCCUGGACGACAAGAUGAGCCCUCGAGAGCACGUCGCGUGGAUUUCUUGCUUAGAGAGAGAAAGACCUCUCUAUCGGAGCGGUAGGAAGGAUGGCCCUUCAGGUCCUGCUGGAGGACGUGACAAGUCUCCUGGCGGCGAGAGUUUCGCUUUAAAAGCUAAGCUCGCAGCUUUGGAAAUGGAAGUGGAAGCUCUAAGAGCAGCAAAGAAGGACACAGGGGCGAUGUCUGAUGCUGGAGGAUCGGUAGAGUCGGUUAGCGGACUCGCCGCGGCUUUGGAAGCACAGACAAAGGUGCUGAAGGAAGCCCUCGCGGGUCGCAGUACCAGUUCUGUGACCGCGGUCAAAACGGACCUCCACUGGCCGACACUCGGAGACGAUCGCGCUGAUUUUCGCGACGUGACCCAAUUCUAUGAGGAGUUUGAGGACAUCUGCGGCCUAGCCAACUCUUGCAAAGGAAUGAGUGCGAGGGAGAUGCUGUUAGCACUCCGGUCCAGAUGCAGGGGUAGUCGUCUGAAGACGUACCAGAACCUGUACAAGACCGCCUGGCAAGCCGGAGAGGUUGUGAACAGCCCGGAAACGGUCUACGAGCGGAUCAAGGCUAAGCAUCUCAUGUUCAGUGAGUCCAGAGAAGAACGUGAGAUUCGUAUCGACAGCGAGCAUGCCAGCCUGGCAAAGGGGAAGCUUACCGGACACCAGUUCGAACCGUUGUUUGAACAUUCAGUGGCAGAGCUCGAGUCGGUCGGCCUUGGCAAGACUCCCCGGGAACUUUUCCUUAGCUAUCUUCGAAAGGUUAGCCCUACGCUCCAAAAGGAGAUCAGAGGAGACAAGAGGCUAUGGGGCUCCGAAGCAGUUCUGAGGGGACCUCAGACAUGGGAAGAGGCCCACAAGGUUGUCCUCGAAUUCGAGCAACGGGAGGCAACCAACCGAGCUACCGCGAGUGCAGUCUACACACUCCAAGGUGAAGGUGAGGACCGUCCGAGUGGCCGACCAAAGCACCCGAAGAAGUUGAAGAAGGAUGCUAAGGAGGGCCCAGCAUCGGGUGCAAACAUUGCAAUCACCGCAGGUGAUCCGCGGAAGGAUAAGCUAUGCUGGCACUUCCGGGAUCACGGUAGCUGCAGCAAGGGCUCAGGUUGCCCUUACUCCCAUGACAAGGAGCUGAGAAAGCGUGAACUUGAGCGUCUCAAGCAGCAAGGAAAGGGAGGCCAGGGCGGCGGUGCUCAACCAUCCUCGUCCGCACUCCCCGCAAAAGGAGGUGGUAAAGGCGGAAAGGGGCCGAAGCCUAAGGCUAAGGCCGAGCCUAAGAAGCAAGCUGAAAGGAGCGAUAAGCCGGACAAAUCGCAGAAGCAGUGCCCGUUCUUUGCCAAAAGAGGAGCAUGUAAGAAGGGCGACAGCUGCGAUAUGUCGCAUACUUUGGCCGCUUCCACUGCCGCCUCUUCAAGCGGAACCAUGCCCGCUGGAUGGGGUGCCCCCAGCGGGGCAGCCAUGAAUAAUCCAUUUGCUGCUUUCUCCGUUGUCGUGGCUCAACCUGGCCAGUCCGAGAUUGAGGACGGCGGCGCGGGCAAGGUCAGCGUCUUCGCGACCGAGCCGCGCCCGAGUGGCCAGUCAAAUGGGCAGCCUUUCACUGAACUAGACCAAUUGCCUCAGGAUUGGUGGAAGGUGGUGCAGAAUGAAAAGGGUGGAUAUCAAUACAAGGCGAUCACGAAGAUCUUGGGAGUUGGAGUCGAGACCAUGCUGGAUGGUUGUGCAGGUUCCAAUCAUGUUACUGAGGAGCUGGUUGUUUCGAUUCUCAAUCGAGCCGCAUCGCUGGGACUGACCCCCGAAGACCCGAAGUUCCCUGUGGUCCAGUUUGAAAAAUGGGUCUACCAGGAGUUCGUCCACGGGAUAGCCAGUGGGUCCCCGGUUCCUCUGAAGGGAGCCGUCGUCCUCAGGGUGAGGCUCCAAGAAGGAGUUGAUCCGAAUCGAUGUCGGGAUGGGCCGGAGAUAUUCCUCCGCUGCAAGAUCGCUGCAAGAGGAACGAGUGACUGGCAUGGCCUGAUCAUCGGCGGGCGAGCUCUCGAUUGCGAGGCUCGCCGCGGGUUGGGUUUUCGUCCAGGCCCAUCGGCUCACAUCUUGGACGCAUUGGGGCUCCUGAUGCCUCGUUGCGAGGAUCUGAGCGCUGAGCGGAAGGACAGAGCCUACGCCUUCGAAUCCACGUUAUCGGCAGUGGACGGAGGACUUGUAGGGGCUUUUGAACCUGAAGUCUGUUCGAACCGAACCUUGCUCUACUACGAUGGAGAGGAACCAGUGACGUUGGAACCUGGAGAAGGUGCUCUCAUUCCAGUAGAGUCUGGGCUUCGCAUCCCGGAAGUUUCCGUUGCUGAGGCUGCGUUGCCCAUAGAAGGCUCAGUGGAGGCCGUCCCAGGCGUAUGGCCUACGGGAGCAUCUCAAGGCAUGCUUCUGGUUGCGGCUCGGGACGAGCCAGUGGCGCUGGAAAGAGGGACUCCAGUUGGAGAGCUGAGGUCUGGUUUCGUGAGUUCGGGAACAUGCGAGUGUGGUGCUGUGGAAACCAUCUUAGAAGGUGCUGCGGAAGACCGCUGCGGAGAAUGCGGAGCCGUGAAUAGCUCUCUGGCAGAACAAUUCUGCCAAACAUGUGGAAGAACAGGGGCUUAUGAAGCGACUGCGCUCCAAGGUUGUCGUUCCUGCAGUGGAAGCCGGAGGCGGAGCAUAUGGCGCUCUGCCGCGCUCGCCUUCGUGGUCGGCCUCGGGGCCUUGGCAGGAAGUAGCUCUAUGAUGGCAUACCAGGAUGGCCAAUGUGAACCGGAUCAGUGGUCCACGUUUCCAGGUGGAGUUGUCCGCGCUCACAACGAGUCGCGGGACAGUCUCUAUAUUCCGGAAACGUCAGAUUGUCCAUGGUCCUUAGAUGGCUUGUCGGAUCGUCGGGUCACGUGCGCGAAAUGCACGGAUGGCCAGUUGAUGACAGUUGAGGACGACUGGCGUCAUGAUCCGUCCCGUCAGCUCUCUGGCAAAACAUGGACAGGAGAGACCAGGUUUUUCUGGCGUUCAGACGGAGGCGUCCACAGUUUUCGCAAUUGGAGAAGCACCUGCACGGAGCCAGUGUAUCACAUUGUUGAGGUCCCAGGAGGAAUCGAGCGGAUGGCGGAGGAGACGCCUACAGAUCGGUAUUAUGAGGCUCUUCGGAAUGAUCUUGGUAAGAGGUACCCGUCCGCGGAUCGAUUCCUCUUAGAUCAUUUGGUGUCGCUCGAGGGGUUCUUGGACAAAUCGAUCAUCUUCGGGUUCAGCUAUGGCGUCGGGAAGGCUGAGCUGUGCCGUACUGGAGGGAAACUCUUGGGACAUAUCAUCGGAAGGUCAGGAUCUUCCCCUGAUCCGGAACGCGCUCAAGCGGUCCGUGACUUUGCGCCACUCAAGGAGAAGUUGCACAUCCAACAAUUCCUUGGUUCUGCAAAUUGGUUGAGAACGUACUUGCCCUCAGAGUUUGGACAUUGUGCGAAGGUGCUCUCAGCUUACCAAAAGCCAGGCGCGGCCUUCCCUCCAGAAGGGUUAGGCGCGGGCAAUUCAGACGGGUGUAAAGCCGUCAGAGCAAUCAAAAAGAUGCUGGAAUCGGCUAUCUGUCUCUCAGUCUUUGACGAAGCGUCGGCAAUCUCAGGUGAGUGCCCUUUGGAGCAAGUUGCCGACGCGAGCGGAUAUGCUGUUGGCGGCACUGUGCUCCAGAUGAGCCGGGAUCUGACUCAGAUGAAAGUUUUGAUGACUCACUCUAAAAGUCUGACCCCAGCCCAACAGUCAUGGGCUCCGUUAGUGCAAGAGGCAUUUGCUCAGCUGGAGGUGAAGCGUGCUGCCCGCAAGACGUUCGGAACUAUCCGUUCAAUUUGUUGGACGGACCACUCAAACCUGACGAGAGCUCAGCACAUCGAUAUUGGAGGUGAUGUCAAGCUAGUUCGAUGGAUCGCCGAGAUCCUUGCAGAUGGUUCUGAAAUCAGGUCGUUGAGUGGCCGUAGUGCCAAAUUAGGAGACGGGUUCUCCAGAAAUCCGAAGGAAAGAGAUGAGCUGCUACAGGAACGGACCAAGGACUUGGAAGGCCUUGCCGGUCAGCUUAAAGGAUUCAAUCUGGAAGAGUACCUGGGUGAUGGAACGGAAGAUCCGGACAUCCCAGUUGCUUGGGCUAUCGGAAAUGACGCCGUCCCGUCUCCUGGCGGUGAUGACAGCGAAUCGCGUCGUCGCGCCGAGCACACUGGCUCACUCUCCAGCGGUAGCUGCGUUGUUUCGCGCAGCUACGCGGGAGGUGUGUCAGGGUCUGAAAUCAAAGUUUUGGUUAUUGCCGAUUACGAAGAAGCCAGCCGUACGGAUGAUAAUGGUCGUUGCUCGCACCUGGAUGGCGCGAACGCCCUGUUGAAAGGAGACAGGCAGACCAAGCGGGUCAGGGUGGAUCUCCUGACUUCGUGUGCUAAGGCACUUCGGAGCAUUGGCGGGUACUUGCCCGAUUUCGUGGUGGGACUCGGCCAGGGCGGUAUCAUUGCCGGCAUGCUUCGUUUUCCAUUGGUGGUGGAAGUUACGUUGCAGGCUCGAAACCUGCAGCGAAAAGAAAUCCAAACUGUCGUGGCCGGAUGGGCUCAGAUCAAGGCAUUUUGGGCCAUCAACCCGCGGAUGUGGAAGACUUCCCCGGGGGCGGAUCUGCUUCUUCUUUCCUGUCCUGAAAUUGGAAAGGAGUUUCCGGUUGAGCCUCUCAGGGCAUAUGGAAUUGUGACACGUGGCCCAAACCUGGAAGGUGUUCGUCGGGUCACGGAAGUGCUUAAAGCUGGGGAGAUCAAGGAGAUCGCUUCCGUGAAUUUGAUCAGUUUGGCCAAGGAGCCUUCGAUCGAAGUGUUCGAGCACAAUGGGCAGUGCGCAUGCGGGAAGCGAGCGUACGUGUUCGCUAGAUGUGUGUCCUGCAUUCAGAAGGAAGCAGCGGAUGAUAUGGAAGCUUCCGCUAGGGCCCUGGCAGAAAAAGAUGCCGAAGUCCUCCCUGAGGCCGAGCUGCUCGCCGAGGAAAUACUUUCUUUUUCAGAUCACGGAGGUCGCUCCAGGGUUUACGUUCUGAAAAGUCCCAUGAUUGUCAGAUGGGUCCAGCUGUGGAUCGAUUCGAAAAUGCCCUCUGGAUUUCAUGAUGUUCCGGGCGGGUUUGGACAAGUUAGGAUCCGAGCCUGGAGACGCGGUGAGGCGUUUCCAGCGGAGUGUGCUGCGGAGCGGCCUUGGAAGUUCAUCGUCCUCUGGAGUGUUCAAGAGGACGGUAGCGUCUGUCAACUUCGAAAUUGCUGUCAGGCUGAUCAGGUGAAGCCUUGCAAGCCGAAAUGGCAUGUGGAUCGUGUCAAUUGGUUCAAUCAUAUGGCCUUAGUGGACCAAGUGUGCUCAAAGCUGUGGAGCGAUGAGAAUCCGCGGCUUGACUGGCCUGCGGGAUUCGCGAGGCUCCUAUCCCUGUUGGGCCAGGUCACCAAAGUGGUAAAAUGGGAUGAUGGUGACGGAAAGGCCAGCAUCGGCCAUCGUCGAGAUCUGGUUCAGAAGGAAGUGUUGGUGGCCUUCUCCAGACCUACACCAGGGAGUUUCUGGUUUGAACUAGAACUGGGGAAAAAGGUCAAAGUCGACGAGCAUGGGUCUCGGCCGACCUUGGCAUUUCUUGGGCAGGACUGGAAGAUCAGGAUGGUCGUAGAAGUUCGUUCUAAGGCUUGGGUUAUGACGCAAUGGCUUGGGAACCUUGAGGAGCCCGAGUCCCGUCAGCCUUCUCACGGUGGCUCUACAUAUGUGGCUCUCGAGGACGGUCUUGAUGAAGACGUGCCGUCAGGCCAGGACGUUGGACGGCUGAGAGCUGAGCUAGCUGAGGAAGCCCGUGUCCACGCCGGAGUCGCGGAAUUCUCGGUGACGGGCUCUUUGCGCAGCCUUUGGUACGAGGCGCAGAGAAAGGAUGAGUCGCUGGCUGGCCACUUCCGAAGGACCGGUGAUCCUUUCCGCCUGGGGGCGGAUGGCCUUUUGGAACGGCAAGUGGCUUUAGUCACUGGAGACAAGGUCUGGGUUCCUGUUAUUCCAAUUGGAAUCGUGGGGAUUAAUGGACUCACGUUCAGGAAAAGCUGUUUUGACCAAGCCCAUUAUGGUGCUACUGGGGGGCAUCGUUCUGCAGAAAGAACGCUGCAAAUUCUCUCCAGAGCCGUUUGGUGGCCGUCCAUGCAGGAGGACGUCAAGAAGUGGACAAGCCAGUGUUUGGCAUGCCUCAAGGCACGGUCAAGGCCGACUAAGGUCACUGCGCAGUCAAUGAAGUGUCUUGCUGAUUCGUGCUGGCAAGAGGUGUCAGUUGAUUGUGAAGGUCCUAAUCGUGAAGACCGGUGGGGCUACCGAUAUACCCUCACCUAUCUGGACUGUUUGUCGCACGCAGUGCUGAUAGAACCAAUGAGGUCCUUGACGCACGCGGAAGUCCGGAGAAGCUUCGCUCGUUGCAUCUUCCGCUCAAGGACUAUCCCCACGUUGGUCAGAAGUGACAGAGGCACGGAAUUCAAGAACACCAUGAUGGCAGAGUUCUGCGCCUUGAUGGGAGUCCAGCAGCGCUUCAGCAUGGCCAUGAGACCAUGUGAGAUGGGAGCUAAUGAGCGGAUGCACCAGGAAGUGCAAAAGGUUUUGGGGAUCAUUGUGAAGGAACUGGUCCGCGGAGAGUCUGACGAAUGGUCAGAGCUCCUCCCCUUGGUGGAAUUCAUGCUGGACACAAGUCCUGGGCCACAUGGGUAUUGCCCGAGAGACCUGGAACGGGCCUGGUCUUUGGGUUUUGGACUCGAAAAGGACUUGAUCCGGGAGGCAAUGCAGUUUGAACCUAUGUCUGAUUGGUCUCGAAGACAAUUCGGUCAGUUCUCUGUCCUUGCCAAGAAAGCCCAGAAGCAUUGGGAGCAGUCUUCAGAAGCACGUGCAAAGCUGGCCAAUCGGUAUCGACGAUUUGUUGAUUUGAAGCCAGGGGAUCGUGUCGUUUGGCAUUCCCCCACGUCUCGGCCAGAGGGGGCGGGGCGUGUUCCGUGGCGUCGUGGUCUGUCCGGUCCGUGGGAAAUUGUUUCGGUUCACGGCAACAAGCUGGUGCUGCGUUCCGUCCCGGGCAUCACAGACAAGGAUCGCCAAGGCCCUUUUGAAGCUCACGCUGAAGAUUGUGUUAUAGUUCCAGGAGACGUUGAGGAGCGUCUUCCUGUUGUGGAAUUGGAUCUGUCGCAAGAUGCGCAAGGUGCUGCCCCUUCUCUCGGCCAACGAAUGCAUGGUCAAGGUGAGCAGUACGAGUUCGUGAUGCAGCGCAGGGGUCGCCAAUUCGUCCUUCGCAUUGGGGAUUCUGUGGCGUAUACCCGUGGAGCCAAGGUCUGCAAGUUGGGCAGGGUGACCCAGGUAUCCGUCGCAGAAGGUACCAUUGGGGUUCACGUCUACAGGCCUCUGGUCGGCUCCCUCCGAGUCAAAUGGGUCCUCGCUUAUUUGGAUGAGCACGGAGAAGUGUCUGCAGAUGGCACCCGUCCGUCCUUGGACCAGGUCCGCCUGAAGGAAGUUAUCACCAAGGCCGACAUCUCCAAGGAUGGCGUGCUCGCAGCUGCUACUAGCCGGAAGCUGGACAAGGCUGGCUAUCGCCUUCACGAAGAUGCAGUCGGCAUCGCCGAAACCGCCGAGCUGAGGGGCGUCCAACCUGUGGCUGGCGUCCUCGUCUUCGAGACGCCGCCCAGCAGUGUGGUAGCCGCUCAGGGGCCCGUCGAAGGUCUUCAUCGCUGGUUGAUCCAGCACGGCCGAGCCUCCAAGGUGGUUUUCUUGGAAAUUGGCUCAGAAACUGCUAUGCUGACCUCUGUAGCGCGCUCUUUGGGUCUUGUGUGUGCUCCAGCUGUUAACGGUGGGAGUCCGUCCUAUGGUCGAAGUUGGGAUCUGACCCAGGUGCUGGAUCAGGAACUGGUAAGUCGGCUGAUCGAGUGGCUAGAGCCGCUGGUCAUUCACAUCAAGCUGCCUUCCGAGCGCUCUGCUGGGCCUGGGGCUGAUGUGGUGGCGAUACUUAAGGGUCAGCAAGACCAAGGGAGGCUGGGGACCUUGGAAGUUCCUCUUCACUCUGAAGUCGUCGGUGCAAACGAUUUCGUCUCUGCUUUUGGCCCUCUGCGCCAACCGGCUAAACCAUGGAACGUGGUCCGGGUAGACCAGUGCCAAUAUGGUUCGGGCGUCGAAGGUGCGCAGCUGUGGCUUGGCAACUAUGAUUUGUCUGAGCUGAGUGCCCGUUGUGGUCGGCCAGAUGCUCUUUCUGCUACUGAACAUGUGCAUGACUCUGGCCGCUCGGACAGCCAUAAGGGAGACUACACGCCGGUCUGUUGUAGUACCUACUGGCGGCUGACCAAGCAAGCACUUCUUUCGCGCAAUCUCCAAAUACGAAAUCUGAAGAGGUUGGAUAGUUCCAGCUUCGCCGAGGCACCGAUUGGGUUUCCCGUCGGUGCGCGGUCCUCACAAGGAGACGUAGUCGCGACAUCUGGCGGUGGAUCCGCCGAUGCUCGGGACAUGGAAGCUGCGAAGAUCCCCGACCAGGACGUGAACGUUGGUCCGGAUCUCUCGCCUCGGAGUCGGGAAAAGCUCGAGCAGGAGCUUGCAGAGCUUCAUCAGAGGAUGACCAAGCUGUGGGACGGAAGAGCGUCCAAGGGUGACUGGGAUGAAGUCAAAGCGGAUCUUGCUGUAUACCGUCUUAGUGGGCAGGAAGUGGUAGAUGAUCCGAGGAGGACGCCUGAAUACCGGAAACAGGUCGUUGAUGGACUUGGAUUUGGUGCUGAUGCGACACCUCCUACUGCGGAAUUGAAUGCAGACGAUCUCGGGGCCUGUAGAGAUGUUCUCUCCAGAAAGGCGGCGGCCUUUUGGCUAGAAGGCACGCCAAGGACUACGGUCCGAAGCGUUGCCCAUGAUUGCGUCCCAACAGGACCUCCAGUAUCGCUUCAACCCCAUUCCCUCAAGGGAGAGAGUGCUGCGUGGGUAGAUGAGCGAUUGGAGGAGGAAGUGCAGCGUGGCCAAUUGGUCCGUGGGGCGUCUGCCUGGGGUUCCCCACCAUUUCCGACAAAGGAGGCACCAGCCCACAAGAGGAGCCGCAAGAGACGCCUGGUGGUAGAUUACCGGCGUGUAAACGCCCGGGUGCUGAGGAGCACGUACUACUGCAGGAAGGCAACGGACGUCCUGUCCCAAUGUGCGGGGUCCAUCUGGUAUUCCUUCGUGGAUGCGGUCACGGGGUUCAACCAAAUCCAGAAUACCAGAAGGGCUAUGGAGGUGCUAGCCAUCGUGGCACGCUCUGGCAAGUUUCUCCCCGUUUGCCUGACGUUCGGGCCUGUGAACGGGCCGGAUGAUUUCUCCUACGUCGUGGACCGUGCUUUUGGUCCAGGACGAGGCAGGCAAAUGAAAUAUACCAAGGAGUGGAUCGCCUAUGUGGACGAUCUCACAGUGCGAACGGGAAGAGUCAUUGACAAAAAGUUCAUGACUGACAAGGAAUUCGACGAAGAGAUCAAAAGAGCGAUGCGCGUCUCACCUGUAGGAGUCGGUCAACCCCCAAAGGAAGCUAUGGAUGCCUUAGGUGUGGUUUCCCGCAGCUGUUUGGCUCGAAGCCCAGUUAGCGUUUCGCGACCUGACCGCGAAGCCGCGGGUCGAGUGUGCGGUUCGCCACUCGACCGCGGCACAAUGGCGUCGUGGAAAAAGGCGCACCGUGGUCGAAGGAACCCGCAGAAGAAUUGGGGCGACCUGGAGUAUGCCCUGACGCGGGCCCUCCGACAUGGAGAAUACGGGAUGCGUGGCCAGUUGCAAGCGGAUGGUUGGGCACCUAUCCGUCUGGUUGCGGACCGAGUCGGAGUCGCGGUCGAAGACGUGAGGAGGUCUGUCGAGUGGCAAAGCCGCGGUCCCAAGGUGCGCCUGGAAAGUCUUGGGGACUGGGUGCGCGCCUUACAGGGCCACUCCUCGGACAGCGGGCUUCGACCUCAUGACUUCACCAGCAAGGUCAGCCUGCCCGGUAGCACGCGACUCCUGCAUGGCAUGUUCAAGGAGCGUGUUGCCGGAAUAGCAGAAAAGGGGUUGCUUGCUGGCGGAACGGGUCGAGUCGGAGAAGGGCGGCUGUUCGUCCACUGGUCCGCCAACGCGGAAGGGGUCGAAGGCAAUAAAGCAGGUGUUCGAGGCGGUGCAGAUGUGGCUGUUCUGUCUACAAUAGACGACCUGCGCGACGCCGGUUGCUCCCUCCGCCAAGGAAAGGAUGGAGUAAUCCUGUCGUCUGAUGUUCCGGCCAAAGCAUUUGAAAGCAUCCGAGUCUACUACCAUGAUUCGGGAGGUCUCGGAGCGACCUUGUGGACUCCGGACGUAGGCUUUGCAGAAGCAGAGCCGCUGCCAACAGGAGAUUCGUAUGAUACGACAAGCUCCUCUUCGGAAAGUGAAGCAGAGAGCACUCCUCGACCUGAGGGGCGUGCAACUGGACCAGAACAAGCAAGCAGUUCAGGGGUCGUUCGCGACUCACAAGGGAAAGAGGUCAUUGCACCCGCGGCUCCAGAUGACGGAAAGGAUGUCAAAGAGGAGUCCCCUGUCGAUCCAGACUUCGAAGAAGUCAAAGAGGAGUCCCCUGUUGAUCCAGACUUCGAAGAAGUAAAGGAGGAGUCCCCUGUUGGCCCAAACUUCGAAGAAGUAAAGGAGGAGUCCCCUGUUGGCCCAAACUUCGAAGAAGUAAAAACCGAGGAGGAGCCCCCGCGGGCCGGGUCUGCGUCUUCGCGGCCUGGUCGCGGAGAAGAGAGCGGAGAGCCGAACCGCCAACGUGGUGAAAUGUCGAAGGAAGAGCUGCAGGAUAUCUGGUCGUCAAGCCGUCGGACGUGGGCUCAGAGGGCGGUGGAGAACACGCUGGCCAGGGUUGCAGUUGAUGAGUUGACUCACCAGUUCGGACGAUCUCCAGCCCUCUCGAGACUGGUCGAGAAGCAGAAGGAUCGCCCCACAGAAGGAGGUGAGCGGGAGCUGAAUCGCAACAUCAAGGCAAUCACGGCAAGCGCGACUGCUACUGCGGUGAUUCGCCGCCGAGCUGGGAAACCAGAGCCUACGUACGAAGCCUACGAGUACGGAAAGGCGGUCGCCAGGACUGUGGAAGGCGCCGACGAUAGGCUCGAAGCGGCGUUGGCUCCUGGAGUCGCUCAACCCACAGUCCAAGGGGCGGACUCGAGGUUUGCAGCAGGAGUGAGGGCUCAAGAGCCUAUCCGCCAGCUAAAGCGGGAGCUGCGUGCGCGGAAGCGGGCAGCGCUGCACCGCAAGGAGGUGGGUCAAGACGACGCUCGCCGUCGGUUGGAAAGGCAGGCGGUGGCUGGAGUACCGCGCCUAGCAGUGGGCGCAGCCUGGCACGUCGAUGAUGGUGUGCCGGAGCUGACGUACGCGGCCGGCAGCUGGGAGUGUGACCUUUGUGGAACGGUCGCACCGCCCGACAGUGAUGUCUGCGUGGGAUGGUCCAAGGGAUCAAGGUGCGAAGGGACCUAUGCAGCCAACUUCCGAGCUUGGGCUAGAAGCCGACCUGCGAAGGGUCAGAAAAGGAGUCGCCGCACUGCUUUGGAGGCGGCACUCAGGUCCUCGCAAUGGAAUUGUGCCAGGUGUCAGAGCGAGAACCUCGCCUUCAGGCAUGUGUGCUACAAGUGCGGCCGUGCCCGACCUGAGCAUGACCUGCCGUCUUCAGAUGAGGAUGACAAGGUCGGUCGAGGAUCCCAGGCCAUGGGACCUACGGGAUUUCAAAAGGAAGAUGAAGCCCGGCAGGGUCUCCACCUGAGGUCCAAGAAAAAGAAAAGGGGUGGCGCCAAGCACAAGAAAAAGGUCGGCCGACGCUCAGGUGUGGCGAAGCGCCUUCACAAGGUGGCGCGCGCGGCGGGGUCUGCGUAUUCGCGACCUCGCGCGGGUAGCCAGAAGGCGCACAAGAAGGGUAAGAAGAAAAAGCCUAAAAAGAAGGUGUACUCUUGGUCCAUCAGCCGGAAGAGCCGUAACCAGGCCAAGAGAGCCUCCAACGGGAAUGGUUGGAACCUUAACCAAAUGGCAGGAGCGUUUGCCAUCCUGAUGGCUUUCCCGGUUCUGAAGGAGUCAGAAGAAGUGGUCGCGGUCACUUCGGAGGCCAUCCAGGAUGCGAUCUCCACCACUGUGGAAACCUACCAGGAGAUCGUGACAGAAGGCGGAAAUCAGCUCAAGAUGCUGAUCGCCGCUGCAGGCAUCGCCCUCCAGGUAAUGAUGACCUGGUACCUGUCCAGUAAGGUUCUGAACUUUUGGUGCCGCUAUGGCCACGGGAAUACGGACAAGGCCCAUCUCGUGGAACUGCGAGGAGAGGUCACCUUGUGGGACGUGGCCGGCACCAAGGGUCUUCACAGGGUGCGGAUAGCAGGUCGGCAGGCAGGGUGCGCUUGCCGGACGUUCUUGAGCAAAGGAAGCUGCCCGCACACCCAAGCAGCCUUGGCAGCGCUGACUGCGCUUCCAAGCAGGCCAGAACAACCCGUCGCUGUGCGACGUGGCCAAGCAGCAUUGGGCCAAGCAGGCUCUGUGGCUAGCUUUUCUGGCUGUUUCCAAGGACUGGUCGGGAAGGCCAAGCAGCUGACAGUGAGCGCUGCGUCCGCCUACCCGACGGCCCAGGAGGCCGCAAGGAGUUCAGAGAGGGAUGAUGGUGCAUUCAAAAGGAAGGUCAUCAGGGAAUCCCUCAGCCUCGAUACUGGGUUGGUCGAAGAAAGGCCUGAGCAAAGCCUGUUGGCGCUGCCCGAACAUGCCCACCACAGUGGAGACGGAGACCAAGCCAAGGUAGUGUUCCUGAAAGAUGGCGAGGUCUUUGAAUGGAUCACGAUCAAUUUCAGCAAGCUGGGCAAGGGCAGCAAGGCUUGCAUUAGGGCCUACAGUUUCGAUCAGCCGGACGUCGUGGAAGCCGUUAGGUCAGCAGCAAGCCGUGGCUGCGAUACCUACCUAGUCUGCGAUCGUUCGCAGGCGUCCGGAAAAACCAAACAGCAGCUUCAGGUCCUGAAAGAAUUGAGAGGCGUAGGGACCAAAGUGAAACUGGCUUCGGGUCUAGGCGUCAAUCAGGCCUACCGCAGUGAUGGUCGCUCCGUGCGCGUUGGCAGCCGACUCCAAGGGCUUCAUCACGCGAAAAGCGUCAUGAUCUGGUGCCACCCUGGGGACAAGGUCGAUAUGUUGGUUGGAAGUUGUAACUUCACCACGAGCUCGAAGGCCAACAAGGAAGCCAGCAUAGGUAUCAGCGUAAACUUUGGAACAGAGCUGGUCCGUUGCUGGGAGUCAGCCUUCGAAGAAGCAUUUGAAAAUGGUUCGAAUAUCGACCAGUUCGAGACAGAGCAAGGCUUCGACCGACGCAGGGCCGGCGCAGCCAGUUCAGUCUGCGAGCGGCGCCUGGAGCUGCGUUCCAAACGACCCGAACCAGAGAAAUUCAAAGAUGCCUUGACUGACGCACUGAACUCCGAGAAGCAAAUCUUGGAAGCAUCUCGCCAGGAGCUUUUGGAACUGGAGACCCAAGGGAAGAAGAUUGUGGACGAUAUGAGGGACAAACGGAAGUUCUUGUCAGAGGACACUGGCUUUCGGCGCCUCCAGAUGAUGGAAGAUAUGAAGACGCUGUCGCCACAGGUGGCUCUUCCACCGGUCAAGUCUCCAAAGGCCUGGGGCAUGGGAUGGAAUGGAGACGUCCAAUCUAUGCAGUGCACACGUCCUUUGCAUACCAUUGCCAGAGUAUGA